AUGCGGCGUAACUAUCGGCGACUUCGACAUCACCAUCAGCGAGAGAAACGAAAACAAAAGAAAAGACACUCCGGGGUCUUUGCUCUCUAUCUCGCCAAUGACUGGCUGCCCUGCGACGGCGGCGCGGAGGAUGGUGGAAGUAUUCAGUCUUCUCGAGCAUCUCCUCCCCUUCUUCAACGUCUGCCCCUCUCUGCCUCGCUUUCUACUCGUUCUGCUGCUCUGGACUCGCCGUCAUCUGAAUAUCUGGAGAUUUUGCUGCGCUGGAAUCCCGUUAUCUGCGCUGUUCGACAUCAAACCUGCCUCUUCCUCCUCUCCCUCCCCCGUUCCACACUGAGAGCUCUACCGGUCAUCGCCAUGUCGACUACAGCCGGUGUAACGGAGGCCAUCACGGCGGCGAACGUUGCGGCGCUGUUCCCCGAUGUCGAUACUCAGUUCGGCGGCGCCAGCUCUGCUCGAGUGGGCGGAGAACUCGACGGCUACAACGAAGACCAGGUCAAGCUGAUGGACGAGAUGUGCAUCGUCGUGGACACAGACGACAAGCCGAUUGCGUCUGGCAGCAAGAAGACCUGCCAUCUGAUGACCAACAUCGGCCGUGGGCUGCUCCAUCGUGCGUUCUCCGUCUUCCUCUUCGACUCGCAGAACCGUCUUCUGCUCCAGCAGCGUGCCACGGAGAAGAUCACCUUCCCGGAUCUAUGGACCAACACCUGCUGCUCUCACCCCCUUGCCAUUCCCAGCGAGAUGGAGGCUAGCGGAGCAGGUCUCAGCCAGGCUGUGACGGGUGCCCGCACUGCUGCCAGGAGGAAGCUGGACCAGGAGCUGGGGAUAAAGGAGGCCCAGGUUCCGGCGGAGAAGUUCGAGUUCCUUACUCGAAUUCACUACCUUGCUCCUAGCGGUGACGAUGGGAAAUGGGGAGAACAUGAGGUUGAUUACAUCCUUUUCAUCAAGGCAGACGUCGACCUGAACCCCAACCCCAACGAGGUCCGUGAUGUCAAGUAUGUCACUCCUGAAGAGUUAAAGGCAAUGUUCAAGGACCCGAGUGCCAAGUUCACUCCAUGGUUCAAGCUCAUCUGCGAUGACAAGCUGUUCGAGUGGUGGGAGAACUUUGGAUCUGACUCUUUCAAGAAAUACACCAACGACGAGAAGAUAUGUAGAAUGUAG